UUUAAAAUUACGCUUUUUCAGUUUAUCAUAUUUUUUCAACAAGUCUUCCGUGUAAUUAGUUAUCCCACAUCCCCCACUUGGCACACUUCUUUACCCUACCUGUACAUAUAAAAAACGAUAGACCAGCUCCCCUCACCAGGCAAAACACACACACACACUAAUCUUUCGUACGUCUCCAUAACUUAAUCAAUAUUCAAACAAUCAAACCACAGUUCUGUUCCAAAAUAAAAUCAGAGAUAAUACUAUGGCCGUUUCUUUCCUACCUUGUUUUCUCAUUCUUUGCCUCUUCCCAGGCAUUUCCUUCACACACGCUGAGUCUGGAAUGAUCGGAGUUAAUUACGGCCGGAUAGCUAACAACCUCCCGUCACCAAAGAAUGUAGUGAACCUCCUGAAAUCACAAGGAAUCAGCCGUAUCAAAAUCUACGACACGGAUAAGAACGUGCUAACCGCGCUUGCAAACUCCGGGAUAAAAGUAAUCGUCGCUCUCCCCAACGAGCUUCUCUCCUCCGCCUCAUCAAACCAAUCAUUCGCCGACAACUGGAUACAAACCAACGUAGCUUCGCACUCUCCAGCGACGGAGAUCGAAGCUAUCGCCGUUGGUAACGAAGUGUUCGUCGAUCCCAAGAACACGACUCCGUAUCUCGUCCCUGCGAUGAAGAACAUUCACACCUCUCUGGUGAAGCAUAACCUCGACAAAGCGAUCAAGAUCUCUUCUCCGGUUGCUCUUAGCGCGCUGGCGAAUUCGUACCCGCCAUCUUCCGGUUCUUUUAAACCGGAAUUAAUCGAACCGGUUAUCAAACCUAUGCUUGAUCUGUUGCAAAUGACGUCUUCGUAUCUCAUGGUUAAUGCUUACCCGUUCUUCGCUUACUCAGCGAACGCCGACAAAAUCUCCUUAGACUACGCUCUGUUUCAAGAAAACGCCGGGAACAUAGACUCCGGCACCGGACUGAAGUAUAACAGUCUCUUCGACGCUCAACUCGACGCCGUUUACGCCGCUAUGUCCGCCGUCGGAUUUAACGACGUUAAGGUGAUGGUGACGGAGACAGGGUGGCCUUCCGUCGGAGACGAGAACGAAAUCGGUGCAAACGAACCGAACGCGGCGGCGUAUAACGGCGGACUUGUGAAGAGAGUGUUAACGGGUAACGGGACGCCGUUGAGACCGAGGGAACCGCUUAACGUUUAUCUAUUCGCGUUGUUUAACGAGAACCAGAAACCAGGGCCAACGUCGGAGAGAAACUACGGGUUGUUCUACCCAAACGAAGGGAAGGUGUACGACGUUCCGUUCACCGCGAGGUCAACGUUUCCGGUCAACGGUAAGGGAGAUGAGGUCCCGGUGUCGACGUGGUGCGUUUCGAACGGAGAGAUGGCGAGGGAUAGGCUACAGGCGGCUCUUGAUUACGCUUGCGGAGAAGGAGGAGCUGAUUGCCGUCCGAUUCAGCCAGGUGCCACGUGUUAUCAUCCUGAGACGUUAGAAGCGCAUGCUUCGUACGCUUUCAACAGUUACUAUCAGAAGAACGCGCGUGGUGUUGGUACGUGCUACUUUGGUGGAGCUGCUCACGUCGUCACGCAACCUCCUCGAUUUGGGAAGUGUGAGUUUCCCAUCGGACCGUGAGGAGUAGUAGUUAGCGGCAUUUGUUUAUUUUCUGCCUUUAUUUAAUUAGCUAGCGCGGUGAGGUUGUAUUAGAAGACGUUUGUGUUUAAAAGAGUCAUAUUAGUUUUUAUAUUUUGCAGCCAUAAAGAAACCAGAAAAUUAAGAAGUACUUGUAAAAUCUCAUUUAUUAAAAGAGACAUUAUGUGUUUAGAGUAUUACUGUAAUAGACAUUAUUAUGUGUUUAGAGUAUUCUAUCUCUCUUGUAAGAAAUGAGCUAGAUAGUAAUAGUACGUAACAUUUGUA